GGAGUCUCGUGGCGCGGUCCCUUGCGCGGCUGGUCCGAGGCGGCGGGGCUCGGGCGGGCUGCUGCGGAGCGCCGUGUCCGGAGGCUGGCUGCACCUGCGGGGGUGGGGCUCGCAGUCUGGAGAGCGUAGCGGGUCAGGCGCGGUAGGUACGGCGGAGGAAGGAAACACCAGCGGUUCCGUUCGUCCGAGAUGCCCAGGGUACGCCGGCCCGCAGAGGGCAGCGGGCGGGAGGGCUGCCAGCGGGCACGGGUGUGAUGGAGGUUCUGCAACAGGACACUGCUGAGGGCUGCCUAACGUUGUGAAGAUGCUAAACACCAUCGAAUUGUACGCUUUGAAAUGGCCAGAACGGGUACUCGCUUCGGCAGCAGUUACACAAAAUGGAAAUGAUCGAAUGAGCACAAGCUGGGGGAGCUGCAGGCAGAGGGAGAAGCAGGCUCCCCACCAAGCGGGGAGCCCGAUGUGGGGCUCGAUCCCAGGACCCUGAGAUCAUGACCUGAGCUGAAGGCAGAUGCUUAACCGACUGAGCCACCCAGGCUGGGGAGAUGAACAGGGUAAAUGGGACCCCUCCCCCACAAGCAGAUGCCACGCCAGGACAGAAGAUUUACCAUGGAUGCCAGGCAACCUGGGUGACCCUAUGGAGAGUAGGAAGCCCCUUGGGAAUGAAAGCUCCAUGAGGACACACCACACAGGCUGACAGAUUCAGCGGUCCACAGAGACCGGAGCAGUCCUGGCACACUGAGGGAGCUCAGCGAGUGUUGACUGCAUGAGCAAAUGAAUGCAAGAGGGACCUGAGCAGGGCGCCUGGGUGGCUCAGUCGGUUGAGCGACUGCCUUCAGCUCAGGUCAUGAUCCCAGGGUCCUGGGAUCGAGCCCCGCGUCGGGCUCCCUGCUCGGCGGGAAGCCUGCUUCUCCCUCUCCCACUCCCCCUGCUUGUGUUCCCUCUCUCGCUGUGUCUCUCUCUGUCAAAUAAAUAAAUAAAUAAUCUUAAAAAAAAAAAAAAAAAAAGAGGGACCUGAGCAGAGACUGGAGCUUAGGAGAUUAGACCGGCACCCUCUCCACCUGAACUGUGCAUCUGAACAUUAUCAUUUGCACCUGGCCACCUGUCCAGGUGCAAAUGAUAGGUCCGUAUCAUUUUCUGCCCUAAGUUCAUUAUCUGAGUAAAUCAGCAGCUACUAUGAGACCUGGAUACGUGUGUGCCGGUGAAAAUUAAAUCGUGUAUGUGUGUCGGGCAACAGGGCUUGGCAUGUGCUGCAGGGAGCCUCAGCUCACGUCCUCACAGGGACCUGACUUAGGCUUGCGUUCCUUAAACCAGCUGUGCACGAUCGCUGCCAUCCCCCAUUCGGAUGUGUCUGAAGGGAAUUUACGCGCUGGAAAAUGUUAGAAGAAAAGGUGGACGUGAUAAAGCCAAUGGUGGGAGAAGGUGUGAAAGGGAGACGUUCGUAUCUGAUGCCGCACAGCUUGUUCAUUUAGCUCACAGGCAACCUACUCCAAGUGUCAGCUAGUUAUGAUGGAUGAGACUCCAACACAAAGGAUGCUUGUCAUCGUAGCUGCUAUUAUUGAGCACCUAGUGUGUGCUGAGUCCUGCAGUAAACACUUCACAUGCAUUGCCCACAUGCCCUCUCAACAGCCCUACAGUCCAGGCACCCAGUGUUUUCCCUGUUUUACUGAGACUCAGAAAGGCCGGGUUUGGGGAUGAGAGCACCAGCAGGGACUAAGGCGGGGAAGUGUGGUGAGUGGCCAUCUCAACACGGCAGCAACUGUCAAGACCUAUGAAAUGAAGUCGUUGUGUGGGGGAGCGGGAAGCGGGGCAGAGGGCGGGACCAGGAGGGAGGAGGGCCCCAGUGCCAGGACAGCUGUGCAAGCCCUGACCAGAACACACAGGAGCUGGAUGGGGAGACUGACCAGGGCUGGAGCUGCAGUCGCCUGGCAGAGAGAGGCCCAGCCUGGCAACAGGGGAAACUGAGGCAGCGGUGUGGCCCUGGAGACCGAGGGUCAGAGCUGGACCUACUGGGGCCAGGGUGCUGUCCUCCGUCUGGGUCCACAAUGGUUGCUGGGGUCUGGGUGGGAGUCUGACCUGGGGACCUAGGUCCUGCCGUCUGACUACCUCUGGGAACCCACCGGGCCUGUUGCCCGGAGAACAUGAGUGAACAGGAGAAGGAGACGGAGGAGGAUGAGGGAGGGGGCGCUUCUGACACAGCACCCAUGCUGCCAGGAAGACUUCCUGACUGCCAGGCCUCAGCCCUGAUGUCCCCAGGGUGGGUAGGCCUGGCUGUCCAAGGCUUCGGGACCCUGUUGCUGCCUGGCCAGGCCCUGGCGGGGCUCCUGCUGCACCUGCUGUUGCCCGCCGCCGUGUUCCUGAUGGUGCUGCUGCCGGCGGCGGCCGUCGUGUACCUGGGAUUCCUGUGCCACUCAAGGGUUCACCCGGCACCCCGCCCCGCGUGCCGCGCGCUCCUCUCGGACAGAGGCUCCGCGGCGCUCAUCGUCCUCGGCCUCCUCUCGCUGCCUCCGCUGCUCGUGCUCGCCUCGGCCGCCCGCACCCGCCUGGCCCGGCGCCUCCUCACGCUGCUGCCCCCAGCUUGGACCCCUGGGCCCCGCCGCCACCCGGGGCUCAGCGACCGUGGGCGAGCGGGACACCACGCCGACGGGGAGGAGCAGCUCUGCGCCUGGGUGUGAGCCCCCGAGGCCUCUCCAAAGGACAAGAAUCCCAAAUCCGGGAAGGCCCCCGAACUCCUCCCCCGCCCCCUAAGAGAGCCCAGGCCUGCGAGCUCGGGGUCUGCGUCCAGGUUCUGUCCUCCAAAAUCGCGGGCGUACCUCGGGGCUUCGUACGCAGUGCUUCGAGUGGCCGCGAGAUGGCACCAGACUCCCCCGAACCGAGGUCCCCCCUUCCGCAAGGUCUCCCCACCCCCGCGGUCCCCUCUGAUGCGGAGGGGCUGGGAAGCCCCCAGGGAGGAGGGAGAGGCCUCUCAGAGAAGGGGCGCCCGGCCAGGCGCAGAGAAAGGGGGCCUCCCUGGCUUCUGUCCGCAGACCUGCGGGCCCCUUGUGUGGUCAGUCAGAGGGCCUCCCGAGGGUUCCAGAAGUGGCGAGACUUGCCCGGGAAGAACAUGAUUCCAGAAGCUCAGCAAUGGCCAGCAGCCCCAGGCCUUGCAGGGCUCAGCCUGGGAUGGGGUUGCGGGCCCAGCUUGUGACCCGGGCUGGCAUCUAGACAGGUUGGACAGGUUAACUCAAGUCUGUUCUCUGGAUAAUUUUAAGAUCUUCUGUCUUUUCCCAUCUUUGGCUUUAAGCAUGUUUCUAGUUGUGGGUAUGUUCUUAUUCAUCCAUUUGGUAUAUACGGUGUUUCCUGUUCCUACAGAUCCCUAUCCUUCAUCAGUUCUGGAGAAUUCUCAACCGUUACCUCUCCAAGUUGGCCUCCCGUUCAUUCUUUUUUGGGAGCAUCUCUUCCCCUUCGCUCCCAGUGUCCGCUGGCCUCUCUUUUGUAUUUCUGUCUCCCCAACUCUGUGCUGCAUUCUGGGCAAUUUCUUCCAUCUUCUUCAGGUUUCACUAAUUAUUUGAUUGUGUCUAAUUUGCCAAUUAAUGUGUUCGUUUAAUUUUAAGUUAUUAUCAUACCUAAAAGUUAUACUUGUUUCUUAUUCAAAUCUCAUCAUUUUUGAUGGUCUCCGUGCAUGUUCGAUUUUUGGAUCCCAGUUUUGCUUCAAUUUCUUGAGCAUUUCACAUAUAGUUAUUUUAUAUUCUGUACCUAAAAAUUCCAGUUUCUUACUCUUUGGGGGAGGGUGUCCAAAUCUAUUAUUUGUUGUUUCUGAUGAUUCUCACUAAUAGUAUAUUGUUUCUUUGAAGGGAUGCUCAUUUCACACUGUCACCCCAUACCUGUGAACAUCCUGAGGACACAUCCCUCCGGGAAGGAUUCCCUCUGCAAGGCAUGCCCUACCUGGGCCCUGCUCGGGUCCUGUGUGGGCUUUCAUAAUUGCAAGUUCGCCUCUCCAUCCCUGUGUAGAGGGGCCUCCCUGCUGUCCCACCUGUUUCCUUUCAUCUUCCUGGGUUUCUGUUCAUUACCCUUCUGUUUCUUUCUUUAUUUAUUCUUAGUGUUUUUAAUUUUGGGGGAGCCUUGAAGAUAUUUACUUCCUUGUAAGCCCAGCAGUGUAUUAAAAAUGUAUUUCUUGGGCGCCUGGGUGGCUCAGUCAUUAAGCGUCUGCCUUCGGCUCAGGUCAUGGUCCCAGGGUCCUGGGAUCGAGGCCCACAUCGGGCUCCCUGCUCAGUGGGAAGCCUGCUUCUCCUUCUCCCACUCCCCCUGCUUGUGUUCCCUCUCUCACUGUCUCUCUCUCUCUGUCAAAUAAAAUCUUAAAAAAAAAA